UCUUCUGAGAGGGGAGUUCACGUUUUCCGAUUGCUUCGUACUCGUUUCACUUAGCGUAUAGUUCACUGCUUUAAAAAUAACGUUUUUGUGAGAAUCUGUGUUAAGUUGGAGAUUCAGUUUGGUUAAAAUGGAAGCUGUUGCGGAUGUAUGCACAAAAGAUACUGUAAACUCAAACCAUGUGUCUACUCAAACACAAAAUCUUGGAGAUCAAGUAUCCUCCCUUGGUGCAACCGUUCAAGAUCCCGACAUAAACAUGAAAAAAAUAAUGUUGGAUGGAGAAAAAACUGGGAAUCAGAAUACUAUAGAAAUUGUAGGUGCACCAGCAGAUGCACAGAUAGAUGCACAAGUAAAUGUACUGGCAGAUGUACAUGAAAAUAUACAGGCAGAUGCACAGAUAGAUGCACCAGCAAAUGCAUUGACAGACGUACAAGAAAAUAUACAGGCAGAUGCGCAGAUAGAUGCACAGGCAGAUGUACAGAUAGAUGUACAAGGGAAUAUACAAGACAGUUUACAGAUAGAUAUAGAGCCAAAUACGCAGGUAGAUACACAACUAGUUGCACAGGAUUUGCAGUAUCGUUCAAAGGUAGAUGAAGUGUUGUUAUUGAGUGGCACCAGUGAUAGUGAGAGUGAUUCCAGUAGCAGUAGCACAAGUGACAGCGAUAGCAGCAGCAGUAGUGAUAGCAGCAGCUCUUCAGACAGUGAUAGCGAUGACUCAGACGACAACAGUGACACUAGGAAAAAGGAAAAAAAAGUAACUUAUACGUUUAAGCAAGAAAAGGUACAAAGUGAAUUGGAUAGUCUGCCACCGGUUGAAGAUUUGAAGAUCAGUGUUCCAGAGGACGACUGUGUUCUGUUUGGCGAGGUCGUUGGAAUAGUGGAAAAACAGAUAAUUGUAAAGCCGAGACCUGACAAGCCUGCGCUUCGAGAGGAAACUGUUCUGUUCGUAGACCAGGGCCAGAGAACGCUCGGCAAGAUAUUCGAUUUGUUCGGCCAAGUUAAGGAGCCAUUUUACACCAUACGUUUCAACAGCGACGAACACAUACAAGAGAAAGGAGUCACAGUGGGCAUGCUGGUUUACUACUGCCCUAAGAACUUGAAGUACACGUUUUUCGUCUUCCUGUCCGAAAUCACGAAGUCAGUGUCUCGGAUAUUUCUCUUUUUCUUCCGCGAGUCUUGCAUGCGCGCGCUUGUAAUACGUUACAAAGCAAAUCUUCCACCCCGUAGGAUCAAAGCCUGUGACUCGAACGACGGUUCUGGUGGCGAGCAUCCGGAUUUUUCGGACGACGAGGAGGAGAAACGUUACUACCAGAAGUUGUCCAAGCAGCGGAAAUACAACGCACCGAAUUCGGGCGGUGGUGCGCGGCAAUCGUCGAAACGUAGGUGCACGUCGAAUGCCGCUCACAGGUCAAAUAAUUCUAUUCCAAGUACUCCAAGUACGUUCACUUCGAGAGCUUCCAGUCCAAGUUCGUUCACCCCGAAUCCACCAAUCGGCCGGCCGAGAGGUUCGUUGAACAGACAUUAUCAACCCCCGAGGCACAGUGAGUACGGGAAUUGGCCGCCCUGGAUGAACAAUCAGUUCAAUCAAUGUAACAUAUACCGGCCGCCUUACUAUAAUCCGAGGAACCCACGUUACAUGCACAACAUGGCGCCACCUUAUCAAAGAGCAUACGCCGCACCAUCUUUCAACGUAUCGCCAUCGCCGCCACCGCAGUAUAUUAAUUAUAACGCAGGUGCUGAUAUGAGUGCACAAUAUGGAUACGCCUCUCAGUACUCGGACCCAUCCUUCGGCGGUUACGCCGCUUUCGACUCUUCGUUGUACAAUUCGAAUUAUCUCGUCCCGUCUUCAUAUUCCAACACUCAUGCACAUCUCCCGUCUGUGUCACUAUCUCUACCGCCUCCGCCACCUCCCCCUUCUGCACCUCCGCCAACCACUUCAACAACGACUUCGACGAUUAAUAAAACAUAAUAAUUGCUAUAAUUAAUUUAAGUGCCUCGGGUCUGUACACGUUCUUCAUCUUCUUUCUUCAGAUAACGAAGUUAGUAGUAAAGUUAGUUAGUAAAGAAAGCUGUGAGCGGGACGAGAAAACGCAAAUUCGAGUAAAUACAAAAUUGAAGCAAAAAAAAAAGAAACAAAUUCUAUAGUAAAUAUUCUUUAUAUUUUAAAUAUUCUUUAUGCAUGAUAUGAAAUAAUAUUUUGAUUUUCAGUAAUUUUCACAUGAUCUAGUUUAUGUCACAUAUAUAUUCAUUUUGAAAUUUUAUAAAGCUUAGAUUGCAUAACGGUUUUGGAAGAAUAACUGAAUAAAAUGUGUAAUAAGUCUUGGUCCACAAUCCUUCUUUAAACCAUGAGCCGU